CAGCCACUGAACUGGAUACAGCCAAAGAGGAUACAGCCCGAGUGUCUUCUGAGGCACUUCGCGAGAACCUUCAGUCUCGCGAGACUUCGGAAAUUCUUUCCAAUUCUGUUGUGGCCCUGAGACGGUGUGCUUCAUGGCGGUGGCGGUAUCUCCGACUCUAUUUUGAACUGUUAAAGCUCUUCCCAUUAAUUAACUCUCCACGGGUAAAGUGCCUCAGGAGACCCAUCGAAGAGCUGGCUUUAGGGAGGGGAGGCUCUGAAGAUGGAGAAUGGACAGAGCACAGCCUCCAAGCUUGGCCUGCCUCCUCUUACGCCUGAGCAGCAGGAGGCUCUACAGAAGGCGAAGAAGUAUGCCAUGGAGCAGAGCAUAAAGAGCGUGCUGGUGAAGCAGACAAUCGCGCACCAGCAGCAGCAGCUCACCAACCUGCAGAUGGCAGCAGUGACAAUGGGCUUUGGAGAUCCUCUCUCACCUUUACAAUCGGUGGCAGCCCAGCGGCAACGCGCACUCGCCAUCAUGUGCCGGGUGUACGUUGGUUCCAUUUACUACGAGCUUGGGGAGGACACCAUCCGGCAAGCCUUUGCCCCGUUUGGACCCAUCAAGAGCAUCGACAUGUCCUGGGACUCUGUUACUAUGAAGCACAAGGGCUUUGCCUUUGUGGAGUAUGAGGUGCCGGAGGCUGCCCAGCUGGCUUUGGAGCAGAUGAACUCCGUCAUGCUGGGAGGGAGGAACAUCAAGGUGGGGCGGCCAAGUAACAUCGGCCAGGCGCAGCCCAUCAUCGACCAGCUGGCGGAGGAGGCACGCGCCUUCAACCGGAUCUACGUGGCAUCCGUCCACCCCGACCUCUCAGAUGAUGACAUCAAGAGUGUCUUUGAGGCCUUCGGCAAGAUCAAGUCCUGCACAUUGGCCAGGGAUCCUACAACGGGGAAGCACAAGGGCUACGGCUUCAUCGAGUACGACAAGGCCCAGUCGUCCCAAGACGCGGUCUCCUCAAUGAACCUCUUCGACUUGGGUGGCCAGUACCUGCGGGUAGGGAAGGCCGUGACCCCACCCAUGCCCCUGCUGACCCCAACCACCCCCGGCGGCCUGCCCCCCGCCGCAGCCGUGGCUGCCGCUGCCGCCACAGCCAAAAUCACUGCCCAGUUCUUCCAGGAAGCAGUAGCAGGAGCCUCAGUACUGGGGGCGUUGGCCUCGCCUGCCCUGUCACUCGGUCAGCAGCUAAGCCUUCCGCAGGCUGUCAUGGCUGCCCAGGCGCCGGGCGUCAUCACAGGGGUAACUCCGGCGCGACCCACCCUUCCCGUACUGCCCCAGGUUGGGCUGGUAAACCCAGUGCUCGCCUCGCCACCAGUGCUAUCUGUAGCACCUGCCGCAGCUGCACAGGAGGUGAAAAAGGAGGAGGAGGAAGAGGUGUCGGCAGAUGGGACGGGGCAGGAGAUGCUGAGUGAGCAGGAACACAUGAGCAUCUCUGGCAGCAGUGCCAGGCACAUGGUUAUGCAGAAGCUUCUGCGGAAACAGGAGUCAACGGUGAUGGUCUUACGGAACAUGGUGGGCCCAGAAGACAUUGACGACGACCUUGAGGGCGAGGUGACGGAGGAGUGUGGCAAGUUUGGCGCUGUCAAUCGCGUCAUCAUCUACCAGGAGAAACAGGGCGAGGAGGAGGAUGCUGAGAUAAUAGUUAAGAUCUUUGUAGAGUUUUCUAUGGCCUCUGAGAUGAAUAAGGCCAUCCAGGCACUCAACAACCGCUGGUUUGCCGGUCGCAAGGUCAUCGCAGAGGUGUACGACCAGGAGCGCUUUGACAACAGCGACCUCUCUGCAUAAACUGUCUGGAAACACCCCUGACAACCCCUCUCCCCUCCCUCCCCACACCAUCUCUUUUUCCCUUGCUCAAACCCACAGCCGCCAUCACUGCUGCUAGUGAUUCUGGCCGCUCUUUUAAACUGUAAUUAUUUUUGUAUUGAUGUUGAUAUUAAUAUUAUAGUCCCUUUGGGGAUUCGCAAAAUAAACAAGUAGCGCCUCAUGGAUUUUUUUUUUUAUUGUCAGCUACUGUGAAGGACUUGACAUUCAUUUUUUUGUAUUGUUUGCAGGUUUUUUUGUAAUCUAAUUUGAACAAAAAUUCAUCAUUUGGUUAGCCCUCAUUUGUUUUGUUUUUUUAAUGAGUACCAAAGUCAGCUCUUCUAAGGACUCUGACAUCUUGCGACAGAGUUACUGGUUCCAGUUUCCCAGAUAAAUAAAUUCUUCAAAUAUGA